AUGUCCGGCCCUGCAUCCAAUACGUGCGGCCACCAAACCAGCCCUCAGAGGGCUCCCUCCCCCGCCGCUGGUUCGAGCGUAGCCUCCGCAAACAGCGAGGCCAACGCCGAACAACAAGCGGCGCCCCAGCAAUGGUCCGACCAAACGGUCGACCAAAAACUGGAUCUCCUCCUCGAGUUGAUACGGCCGCUGGCAGCUGAGUCGAGGAUUUUUGA